AGAGAGUGAAAUUAAAAGACUCUUUUGGUCAACCUAAAAAUUUACACAAAUACAUAUAGAGACAGAGGGAGCGCGAGAGAGAAGGUUGGGGAAUCGACAAGUGGAUCCAAUGAGUUACUAUACCGCCACUUUCCCCUUUCCGUUGUCCGUUUUUAACGCUCAAAUUAAUACAUACACUACUCUACACCAUAUAUACAGGGUAUGUGUAUAUCAUACACCCACAAAUUUUAGGUGAUAGUGUGUGUUUUUGUAAAAUAACUUUGAGAAUGUUGAAUUUGGGAAUUGGCAGUUGCUAUCCAAAGACUUAUGUUGGAGUGAAUGCAGGUCUUGCUUGUGUUGAUGGGGUGAUUGCUCUUCUUGCUUUCUUUCAGUUGAUGAGGAUUCAUGCAAGGAAUCCAAAUUGGACCCGACAAAAAGUUUUACAUAUAGUGAUUGGAUCCUCUAAUUUGGGGUAUUCCAUUUAUUUUGUGAUGACUCUUUUUGCUGCUUGUAAGAGUUGGCUUUGCUGGUCGUACACCUGCGGUUUCAUUAGCAUGGCUUUCCCGAAAAUACUGUUCAUUUCAGCUUUUCUUCUACUUUUGUCAUUCUGGUAAGCCCUUUUUUUAUUACUUAGAGAAUCAUGUUCAUCUUAAUAUGUGUAUGUUGAUAAGUUUGAAUGGACAGUUGGAAAUUAUACUUUCUUCAGUAAUUCUACAAACUACACUAUUGGUCAUAAAUAUAAUUCAACAAUCAAGAAGUGGUGAGAAAUAUUCGGCAU